AUGCCGGGGGCGCACCAUACCGUACCACGCCACACCACACCACACGCAGACGCCAACCCACACACUCCGCUCCGCAGGCGACAGACACCCUUCAGAUCGACCCAAUCAGGCGUCUUCUUGUAUGCAAAGGACAAGACUCCCGUCGCGAGUGCUGCCGCUGCUCGUGAGCAGACACGUAUUGGGUGCCUGCAUUUCGAGUCCAACGUCGGGCCGUUGAAUGGUGCCUCCUGCAUGUGCCGCGAAUGCACCUUUGCGAUGGCGCCCAGCGUGGCAGGCGCCUGAUGAGGGGGCGCAUCGCUGUGAAAUGGCUAGAUGUGGAGCGAAAAUGUGCAGAGUUCGAGGAAAGGAGGGUGGGUUGACUCUUCUCUGUGGACACAAGAAGCAAUAUACCGUCUCACAGAGUGCUCGGUGCUACGUGUCUCGUGCAGUCUUUCCCCAUGUCCCGCCGCGCAGGUACGUUGCGAGACGUUGGA